AUGACGAAUUUCCAAUCUCUGGGACUAGCUCGACGUUUCUUGAUCGGCGCUCUGGUGGCCUACGUUCUGGCGUUGAUCGUUUGCGAAAAUGUCUCGAUGGCUGACGAGGUGCCAGCAUUUUUCCUGAAAAUCGCGAAGAACAUCCCGCGUGUUGGACGUAGCGACGGAUACGAUGACAUCUUCAAAUCUCGGAGGAAUAUUGCUAAGAUCGGCGGCCAUGACGGCGAAGGGCAGCACGAAUCGUGGCAGUCUUAUUCCAUCGACGAACCAUUUUCGAGGCCAAUAAAGAGACGAGUGAACUUUCCAUCGCCCGAUGAUGCAUGGAGUUGGCAAAACUUCCCUCUCGCGAUAGAGGGACCACCAGAACUAUGGCGAACUCUGGCUGGUUAUUCCAAAGACUCGUCAGACGACAUCGACAACGAUAUAUGGAAGCGGAAAAAGAGAACAGGAAACGAGCCUGUGGCUUUGGAGGAGAAUUAG